CAGUACCCACCAUAAGCACUGUUUGUUUGGUCAAGAGCAGAGGAAGUUAUGUCGAAAUCUCUGUCAGAUACUCAACUAGCUGAUUUUAAAGAAACGUUUACCCUGUUCGACAAAAACGGAGAUGGAACUAUCACAACAGAUGAGUUAGAAGUAGUAAUGAGGUCGCUAGGACAGGAUCCUACUGAAGAAUACCUUCAAGCUACCAUCGCUAAGGUGGAUGCCAACGGUAAUGGAUCGAUGGAAUUUGACGAAUUCUUGGAACUAAUGACUGAGUACAUGGAGGUUGAUGAAUCUGAAGAAAACAUGCGUGAGACUUUCGACGCAUUCGACCUCAACCAAGAUGGGAGGAUAACAGGGAAAGAGUUGAAGACAGCGAUGAAGAACCUAGGCAAUGACCUCACUGACGAAGACAUCACGAAGAUGAUAAAGGAAGCAGACCUGGACAAUGACGGUUGUGUUGAUUAUGAUGAAUUUGUCAGGAUGAUGUCAGAUUAAUAAGAAAUUAAAUCUUUAAGUGUGAUUUAUUCCUUUAUUCAUAGAAAGAGGCAAAAGGUUACCGUUAAAUACACUGCACGGUUUAAUUUGGGAAGUUUUGAUAAUUGUUGUGAUUUGUGCAACAAUAACUAUAAUUGGGACGACUAUAAAAAGUAAUAUUAAUGACAGUGUAUGAUAUUUCUGAUGUCAUGAUCAUCGCCAAAACGAAGUAAUUAAUUUAGUCUAUUUAUCACACAAAUAUUUUGCUUUUUGAGUAGUCAUUUUACCAAAACCCAUAUUCAUGGUCAGUAAUAUUCAUUUUGGUUCUUUUACAUUUUCAACUUGAUUGUCUGCCAGAUAAAAUUCAAGGCGAUCGAUACAUCAAAGUUGUUACUAUUGCUCUAUCGUAAUAUAAUCAACAUUUAUUUUUAGCUAAUGCUCCAUUUGAUAUUGUUUUAUCAACUUUUAAUUUUACCGGGCAAAUUUGUGUUUAUCAUGAUAUUCGCGAGAUUUUUGAUUUUUA